AAGUCCCCCACCACUUUCAGAAAGUGGACUCGUUGAUGGAGCAGAAGGUUGUGCAGUUUCGUUGGUGUCGUGGCUUGUUCGUUCGUGACUGAAUUAGUUGGUGUUAUGCAGUGAAGUUUUGUGUUUAUCAAACAUAAUUGUGAUAUUAUAUUAGUGUAAAUAUAUUUUAUUUAUUACGGCUCAUAGUUACCUUAGAACAAUGAAGUUUUUAAUUAUAGCCUUUUGUAUGAUAUUCGUUGUAUCUGGAGACAUAGCACAGAAUGAUAAAAUCAAUUCAGUCACCGAAGAGAGUCGUGAUGCUUUAGGAAAUGUGGAAUUGCCUCCCGGCAUGGACAAAAUAUUAUCUAGCCUUCCUAAUAUCGACGAAGGAGAAGAUAUGUUCAGAGAUAAGUGUUUGAAGACUGGAACUAAUGAAACGUACGAAAAUGCUACUCUGGCAAAGCAGCAGUUUGAACUGUGUGUUAGUUCAUUAGUUGACAUUAAAGUACUGAAAGAGGAAAUCAAUGCUGCUAAACCAACAGGGGAUUUAGACAUUGUUUUCAAAAAAUAUUGUCAUAAAACUCCUAUACUGAAGAGCUGCAUUAGCGACCUUUUGGUUGGUUACGAAGGCUGUUUGAAGCCUGAAGAGCGAGGAGAUGUCUAUAUUCUUCAGAACAUUACGGAUUCUCUGAUGAAUUUUGUUUGUUUUAAGGAAGGAGAUCGAAUAGCUUUAUUCAUUGCUGAAGGAGGGCCUGAAUGUCUGAAUGAUAAAAUGGAAAAAAUUAGUGUCUGUGUUAACUCUACAGUCAAUGCAGCCAAAGGUAAUCUCAAUGUUACUACAGAAGAAAUUCCUGACAUAGUUUUUGACUCCGAAAAGUGUGGCUAUUUCACACAAGUUCAGAAGUGUGUUGUUCAAGUUCUUGAAGAGUGUUCAGAGCCAACACCAGCCAACAUCAUUGGGAGUCUUUUUGACUUCGUCCGGAAAUCUACACCCUGCAAACAAUAUUUGAAGGCAUCUGGGUCUUCAAAAUCUGUAGUGUUUUCUGUUAUGUCUUUCCUGGUGCCACUAGGGGCGAUAAUACUUUCUAAAAUAUAAAGACUACCUUUUCCAAGGCGGAAAGGCUCCACAUCGUACCUCAUUUUUUUAAAUGCAUUUUUUUUUUAACAGUUGAAUGGAGGCAAGUCGAAGAAUCUUUAAAUUUAUUAUACCUGAGUAAAAAGAAUUAUGUACAGUCGAUGCGGCAGUAUGAUAUUUAAUAAGUACAAUUUUUGCCUAACGAUUUGCUGUUUGCCAAAAAAACAAAACAAGAUCGUCGAUUAAUUUUAGGGUUAAAUUAUCCAUAGAAACUGCACUUUUAAUUUUAUUUCUACUCUUUAUUAGAAAUUAUUUUAGUUAAUUCUUAAAAUACUAUGGCAUAUUACUAAUAUUUUCUAUGAAUACAAUUUGAAAUUGUGAUAUUAUGGUAUAUGUAUAUGAAGUGUAAAGUAUCUGAGAUACACUUAAAUCUAAAUGUAAUGUUAGCCCAAAGUGCGUGCCUUAUUACAAAUAAAAUAUAUCCUUUUGCUGAAUAUUUUAAUCAAAAUAGGUAAAUUUAAUUCUUUUUUAAAACAAAUUGUAGUUAGGAUUUUAUUUUUUAGGAGGAAAAAAAAUCGGGCAAGUGAUAUUAUAAAUGUAUAGGACAUUUUUUUUUCUACCUAUAAUCAGAAUAGGUAAAUCAACUGUCUAAAAUGACAUUAGUAGUUGCUGAAAUUAAAUUAGCAGCUUGUUUAAAGAUUUUCCCGAUCAUUAACAUAAUUAAUGUAGCAUCUACAAAUAUAAAUUUAAUAGUUCAAGUUUUAUCAAUAUACAUAAAUAAUCAAUAAAUUAGAUCUUUAAUUACAAUCUGUUUUAUCUUAUUUUUGGGAGAAUACUUUUUAAAAAGUGCAUUACUCUAGGCUUGAAUUUACUAUACGCUCUCUGUUAUAUUAUAUCUUCUAGUCACUGAUUUUGAAAAUCAUUAUUUUUUUAAUAGGGAUAUCAGAUGCUCAUUUUACUUACAAUGUGCUUCGAGCUAUGAUCAACUUGUCAUUUCUGGUAAAAAAAGUUUCUAUUCAAUAUUUAAAUGUAUGUUUCAUUAAUAAGCACUUCAUAGAGCUACAUAGAUAUAUGUGAAUUAAAAAUGUACAUUACAAGUAUAUUGUUAUAUAGUUUUCUUGAGUUUAUAGUUUAUUGUAUAAUUUUGUUAUAAAAAUUAUUUAUGAAAAUCUUUUUAAAAAAACCUUGUCUAUACUUAAUAAAGAUAUUUUCCCU